UCGGAGGUGGCUGGCCCCGCCUCCCUGUCCCCACAGCUACAGCUCGGCUCCGCGGCGGGGCGGUGCUUAGACUCGCCUGGCCACGGAUCGGUGCAGUGUCUGCGUGCAGGGAGGCUCCCGGGUCAUGGGGUCCGCGCUCAACGCCCUGUGGGUGCUGCUGGCUGCCGCUUUCCUCGCCGCGCUGCUGCUGGAGCUGCUGCAGGCCCCGCGUGCGGGGCUCGGAUCCUGCCUCUUCCACGAUCUGAUCCGCUACGGGAAGACCAAGAGCGGCUGCGGGCAGCGCCAAGCCUGGCGGCGGCUUCUGGAUGUGCCCAAGAGAUGGUUUUCUCACUUUUAUAUUCUUUCUGUGGUCUGGAAUGGCUUCUUGCUCCUAUUGCUUAUUCAAGCUUUGUUCCUAUCAAGACCUUUCCCAAUAUGGCUUCAGGAUUUGCUCAGUGCUCUUGGUGGAGCUUCGCAGAACCAGGAUGUGGGUGACAAACACCUGUCUGUCCUCCUGGUUCUCAUGCUCCUGUUGCUACACAGCUUUCGAAGGCUCAUAGAGUGCCUAUGCAUCAGUGUCUUCUCCAGUGGUGUCCUUCAUAUCGUACAGUACUGCUUUGGACUUGGGUACUAUAUUGUUAUUGGCUUAACGGUGCUGUGUCAAGUGCCAGCUAAUGUCAGCAAUGGGAAAGACCUCUUUAUGCAGGUCUGCUGGUAUCACAUCCUAGGAAUUAUGAUGUACAUUUGGGCCUCUGUUCACCAACACAGAUGCCAUGUGAUUCUAGCUAAUCUUAGAAAAAGUAAAUCAGGAAAGGUAGUAAGCUUGAACCACAGCAUUCCUUUUGGAGACUGGUUUGAGAGAGUAUCUUGCCCACAUUAUUUUGCUGAACUCCUAAUAUAUGUAUCCAUGGCCAUCAUAUUUGGAUUUCAAAACUUAACCUGGUGGCUUGUAGUAAUGUUUGUGUUGUUUAACCAGGCAUUGGCUGCAGUUCUGUGCCAUGAGUUCUACGUGAACAAAUUCAGCUGCUACCCAACACAUCGAAAAGCAUUUAUACCAUUUCUUUUUUAGAACCUUUAUGUUUGUUAAAUAUGUCUGUAGCAUCGUAUUGUCAGACUGAGCUAUCUAGCUACAGUGAGUUAACCUGUUCUCCGCUCUCUUCCUCUGUUUCCUUUGGCCUCUUGCAAUCUGCAAAGGAAUCUUCCAUUCCACACUCACAUCUUUGACUCGUCCCAAAAUGUCCUGUGAUGCUUGCAACAGCAUUAGCAAUAUACAGUGAUGACCUGCCUCCUGCUGGGGGACUGCUUGAGGGAGGGGGCCAUUGGGGUGUGACAUAUCUACAGUAUGUAUAAUCUGAACUGUACAUGGUAUUAAAGACCUCAGUUAAAAUGCAAGAAUUGCUGAUGUUUAACAUUUGUAUACUUGACAUUCAUGUUUAAUAUUUAAACCACUUUCAUUGCUGCUAUGUAGCAAGCCAAAAUGUGUGCCUGUAUUUUAUAUGUAACACACACAUGUAUGUAGGGAAGGGAAGUUGCUCAAAGUGAGGAGAAACCACUGUAUUUCAUCUUUUAACUAAUAUUUUAAAAGAAAACUAUACUCAUCCCCCACACACCAUGACCAUUAAAUCUAUUAAAAGAAGCUAACUGUUAAAGAAUAUGGUGCAUUGCUUCUAAAUAUUUUUCUAUGGAUAAUUUUGAAAGUAGUUGGUAUUCUUAGAGGAAAGUGAGUAUGGGAUUAAUGGGGAGAGGAAACUAGGAUAUUUUGAAUAUAAUGAUAUGACUCCCACUUAUGACUGUUUCAUUUUUUGCUAAUAUAUAUUUCUGAAAGAUGUGAAUUGAAACAAAUACCAAAUACAAUAAAAG